UUCCAAAAGUGACGCCAGAGGAGAUGCAGAGCUUUUUGAAUGACGGCCCCAGUUAUCGAGCUCACCUUCCUGGAGCAGGCUCCUUCCAGUGCUCUGUGACAGGCCUUGGCUUUGAGGUGAACUCAGCAGUAACCAUCUGGUACAGCUACGGCUCCUGGAAUGAUUGCCUGGAUGCCUCUGCCCAGGAGGAAUGGGCGAUUGCAGGACCCUUGUUCUCCAUCAGAGCGCAGCCAGGAGCCGUUCGUGCUGUGCAUCUCCCCCACUUUGUGUGCCUAGCAGCAAUCACUCUUUGUGCCUUCAGCUGGAGCAAGGUGUCCUGGCAGGAGGUCCUUACCCUGACUCACAGCGACCUUGAAUUACCUGUAUUCCAGGCCAUUGAAAGGCAAGAAAUGAACUGGAACUCAAAGCUUAUUCCCAAGCCUUCUCCCCUCAAUCCUCUGUUCUUUGGCUGCAUUUACCAAGUCUCUAGUACGUCGCAUGUGGAGAUAACACCUGAACUAAGUCAAAAGAGGAACAGAGUUUUGCUGGAGCUCGUUGAGAGAAAAGGUUGCAAGGCCCAAGAGCAGCUCUACAGGAUUCUCCGGGAAAAGGACAAGUUCCUCAUCAGUGACUUAGAGGAGUCUAGCUAGGCGCAACAGGCAGC